AUGGGAGAGAACAAUAGCGGCAGCGAAGUUCCGGCGAACCAGACCAUCUACAUCAACAAUCUGAACGAGAAAAUCAAGCUCGAUGAAUUGAAAAAGUCGCUUCUCGCGGUCUUCUCGCAGUUCGGGAAGAUACUGGACGUCUUAGCUUUCAAGACGCUCAAGCACAAGGGCCAAGCUUGGCUUGUCUUCGAGGACGUCUCUUCCGCCACCAAAGCCAUUCAACAAAUGCAAGGCUUCCCCUUUUAUGACAAGCCUAUGAGAAUACAAUAUGCCAAGACAAAAUCAGAUGUAAUAGCAAAGGCUGAUGGUACUUUUGUUCCACGUGAAAGACGAAAGAGGCAUGAAGACAAGGGGAAAAAGCGAAAAGAGCAACAUGAUGCUAGCCAAGCUGGAAUGGGUGUGAAUCCUGCUUACGCUGGUGCGUAUGGUGCAGCACCUCCUCUCUCCCAAAUACCGUAUCCCGGUGGUGUGAAGUUACCUGAGGCUCCUGCUCCGCCAAACAACAUACUUUUUGUUCAGAAUCUUCCUCAGGAUACAACUCCCAUGAUGUUGCAAAUGCUCUUCUGCCAGUACCCUGGUUUUAAGGAGGUUAGAAUGGUGGAAACGAAGCCAGGUAUUGCUUUUGUGGAGUUUGGAGAUGAGAUGCAAUCUACAGUAGCAAUGCAGGCACUCCAAGAUUUUAAGAUGACACCGCAGAAUUCAAUGUUGAUUACCUAUGCCAAAAAAUAG